AUGUCAGACGAAGAUCUCGAGCAAAUCCGGCGCGCGCGCCUCCAGCAGUUGCAGCAGCAGCAAGGCGGGGCUCGCGGUUCAGGCUCAGAGCAAGAGUCGCGAAAACAACAAGAAGCGGACCAACGCUCCUCAAUCCUCUCUCAAAUCCUCCUCCCCGAAGCCGCCGACCGCCUCGGCCGCAUCCGCCUCGUCAAGGAAUCCCGCGCCACAGACAUCGAAAACCGACUUAUUAUGCUUGCGCGGACGGGCCAGUUGCGCUCAAAGGUGACGGAGGAGCAGCUGAAAGAGAUUCUCGGGGCGGUGGCAGAGCAGCAGGAGAAGGAGGAGCAGAAGAUUGUUGUGGAGAGGAGAGGGGGUGGGUGGGAUGAUGAUGAUGAGUUGGAGGAGCUUAUGAAGGAGGUUUAA